AUGGCUCAGCCACUGGCUCUGAGCCUCCUUGUGCUGGUUCUGGCCCUCUGCAACCCCGGGACCCAAGGCAGCGAUGGAGGGGCGCAGGACUGCUGCCUGAGGUACAGCCAGAAGCCCAUUCCCAGCCACGCCGUCCGAAGCUACCGGAAGCAGGAGCUGAGUCUGGGUUGCCCCAUCACAGCCAUCCUGUUCAAACCCUGGAAGCGCUCUCAGCUAGAGCUGUGUGCAGACCCCAAGGAGGCCUGGGUGCAGCGGCUGAUGAAACGUCUGGACAAGGCGCCGGCCCCACAGAAAAAGCCUCAGGGCUGUGGGGAGCAAAAGGGGGGCUCCAAGCCUGGCAAGAAGAGAAGGUGCUCCAAAGCCUGCAAGAGGACUGAGCAGCCCACAGAGCCCAAAAGGGCCUAG